AUGCCUCAGAACAAUCUUAGCAAACAUCUCAAGUGGUUGAUCGCCGAGAAGCCUUUCAUUCCGCCUGCGACUUCGCUCGUUGUAUACGAUCCCGACGCAGUUCCCACGAGUUCAGCUACGACCCCACAACAAAACUCUUCUUUUUUGGACGACCACAUAGAAUACAAUGAGCCCGAACCUGCCUCAGCGCCACCGCCCCCACCAGCACUACCAGUCGCACGACCCGUUCCGCCCCGCGCUCUCGCUCGAACAAGGACCGUUGAUAUACAUAAUCCACCAGAGACGGAAGACGCGACCUCGGAUAUGGCUAGACUGAGGAACACUCCAGCCAGUGGAAAGCCAAGACUGAUCAUAGCGGGGUUGCCUGAAUAUGCUUCCUCUUCGAACCCAACGGGUAGAGAGCGGAGGGAGCCGAGUGAUACAGGAGGCUUCAGGAGUAACCUGCAAGAUCCAUCAGCGAGUGCGAGAAAAUUCACUGGCUCCACUGUGGAAAACACACCCGCCUCUCAACAUGCCACUGUGAGGACGAAGUACCGCGAGCCAAUUGAUGUCGACUCAAUCGACCUCACCGGAGACGAUGCGGGUCACUCUUCACCGGCUCCAAUGCGCACGCCUAAGAGCAGAAAGCGGAAAAGCGACGAGUACGAAGCGGAUUUCCGUCACACCAAGUCUCCCAGGCCUGCUCGGAAGGCUCACGCGCCCAGUCCAGAGCUUGACGACGAUGACGACGACUUCCCCGAUAUCGAUGAUAUGGUCAUGGCUCCGGAUAGCCCUCCUCCGCCUUACUCAAUGAUUGUAGAUGGUGCAGGUAGACAAUCAAAGCACGUUGCGACAGCCGAAGAUGACGAUCUAGAGGCCAUGUUACAGUUGGAAGAAGAAGAGCGACAGAUGGCGAACGCAGAGAAUGCGACAUCCUCACAGGCCCGCAAGCGCAAGUCACUGAGCCGCGUACCUUCGGGGAUUGCACCCGCUCGUAAAAUAGGGAGGCAAACACGUAGUCCUUCGCCCCGAAAGACCACUCCUGUCAUGACCGAGAGCACAACCGGAAAGAAUCGACCGUCACACACACCUGGUACUAAGAGGGUUGGGCAUGCAGUUCUGGACUCUGAGGAAGAGGAAUUCGGCGCAUUAGAUGAGAUGGACAUCGACACACAAUCUCGGACGAAAUCACUCACCCCAGCGAGGAAGAGAGUGCGCGAAGAGACACCGAUGGCCGGUCUUGCCAAAGAUUGCAGUCAGACACAGCUUCCUAUACGGUCGCCUUCGAAGACCAUACGAAGCCCAAGCCCAUAUCAGCAGGAACAGGACUCCAUGCCUACCCCAGCGAAGUCUCAGUCUCCCCAAAAGGCUACGAAUUCCUUUCCUACACCCGUGCCUGCCCCCAGCAAACGCAUACCAAGCUCUUCUGAACUUUCCAAGGAGAAGAGAGACGCCAUUAGGGAAUCAAUAGAAGCUUUUUUGAGCACCGAAGGUCAAAGAUUGCAAAAGCACCUCAAGGCUGCCAGCUCGGCAUGGGACAACGCCCGCGCUGCGUUCGUGGCACAUCUGUCCGAGUUUGGCAAGCCUGACCCAAGCGAACAGGACAGGAUGGAACGCGCUCGCUCGCGAAAGGACGCAGUGGAGCAGUUGAUCUCCUUGAAAGCCAAACAAGAGGAACUUAUGGAGCAGCGCCAGAGGGUCAAGCAGAAGCUAGAGGAUGACCUGAACAUCGGCCAGUUUGAUGCAGCGGAUGGCGAAACCCUCAGCAAACUGUUCAAGAUGAAUGAGGACAUCCAGAUCCAGAUGUUCUACUUACUGGAUUUAGCGGCCAUCAAGCAGCAGUCAACGCCUCUCGUUAAAACAGAGUCAAAAAACAACCGCAACAUAGUCAUACAAUCAACUCAACCAAGUCCGGUUCGACCACUUCCCAAGGUCUCAAGAGAUGUAGGAUCAAAUCGGAUCCCCCAGACACAAUAUGUCAAGCCAAGUGAGGUUGGCGCUCAGGAAGUCUGGACGCCCACUCGCCAUAUUCGUUUUGCAGAAGAGCAAGUAGCCGCGUCUCCGCUACCGCCGUCAAACCUGUUGUCUCGUGCCUACGCGGAUGACAGCACGUCAGGAAAGCAAAAAGGCAAGUCCAGAGAGCGAUCUCAUCGGAUACCCGAGACGCCAGAACGCCGAAGAUCCCCAAAGAAACCAAGACCGGUGGCUCCGCAACAUACACCAGAUGAGUUUGGAGAGCUUGACUUCGAAGAGGAGGAAAACUUGUUCAGCAACAACAUGGGCGAGCUUCACCAACCUAUCGAGAUAAACGACGACGAUGAUUUUGGCGAGGACUUCGGACCCGAUGACGAUGAUGACUUCCUCCAUGAGAUCACCAAUAUCGAAAAUCAGGCACCAGGUGGGUUUGAUUGGAAAGGCGACCAAGCAGAGAGUCGCGUGUCAACAAAAUCUCGUGAGGUGUUCCGCGAGGCCUCUACCAAUAAAGUCCAGUCCAAAACAAACCAGCAAGCUUCACCAAAGAAGCAGCAGCUGAACAUGCCUGCUAAGAACCACCCUGGCAUGAACUUCCCCUGGUCGCAGGACCUCAGGACUGCCCUUAUCCGCCGUUUUGGCCUACGAGGAUUUCGGCCAGGGCAGCUGGAAGCCAUCAAUACUACACUAUCAGGCGAACACUGUUUUGUGCUCAUGCCCACGGGAGGUGGCAAAUCGCUCUGCUACCAACUUCCAUCGGUGAUCGCUUCAGGCAAGACACGGGGAGUUACUAUUGUAGUAUCUCCUCUCUUGAGUUUGAUGGAAGAUCAGGUGGAGGCUUGCAAACAACGCUUCGGGAUGCAAGCGUUUCUGAUCAACGGGGAGUCGACUGCGGCGCAAAAGAGUAUGAUCAUGGAUGGGCUACGUCAACGGGAUCCCCAACAGUUCAUACAAAUCCUCUAUCUGACUCCUGAAAUGCUUAGCAAGAACCAGAGAAUGAUCAGUGCCUUCCAGCAACUGCAUUCUGGAGGGAACCUUGCCCGUAUCGUUAUUGAUGAAGCACAUUGUGUUAGUCAAUGGGGUCAUGACUUCCGACCAGAUUAUAAGGCACUUGGAGAUGUUGUCCGCCAAUUUCCCGGAGUACCUGUCAUUGCCUUGACUGCAACUGCGACCCAACUCGUUCGUACUGACGUAGUUGCCAACCUUGGUAUUCAGGGUUGCCGUCAAUUCUCUCAGAGUUUCAACCGCCCCAACUUGUCCUACGAGGUUUUGCCGAAAUCCAAAGGUAUCAUCAACAGUAUUGCAGAUCUGAUCAAAGAGAGAUACAUUGGGAAAUCCGGAAUCAUCUAUUGCUUAUCACGGAAGAGCUGUGAGCAGGUGGCUCAAAAGUUGUCCGAGGCGGGCAUCCGUGCCUACCACUACCACGCGGGAAUGGACUCGGCCGACCGCUCCGAGGUUCAACGCAAGUGGCAGAAGAAUGAGUAUCACGUCAUUGUGGCUACAAUCGCCUUUGGUAUGGGCAUCGACAAGGCCGACGUACGAUACGUUAUCCACCACUCGCUCCCUAAAAGUUUGGAAGGCUACUACCAAGAGACUGGACGAGCUGGCCGUGACGGCAAGCGUUCGGAGUGUUACCUGUACUAUCAGUAUGCCGACUCGAGGAUAUUACACAAAAUGAUCCAAGAAGGCGAAGGUAGCUGGGAGCAGAAGCAGCGACUGAGUGAUAUGCUACGAACCGUCAUCCAGUACUGCGAAAACAAAGCCGACUGUCGACGCGCUCAAGUACUCGGAUACUUUAGUGAAGCAUUCGAUGCCUCUAAGUGCAACUCAACAUGCGACAAUUGUCGUUCCGAUGCCACAUUCGUUACAAAAGAUCUUACAGAGUAUGCUGCCAUGGCCAUCAAGCUCGUGAGUCAGGUACACGAGGACAACGUAACGAUGCAUCAGUGCGUAGAUGCUUUCCGUGGCGCGGGCAACGCCAAGAUCAAGCGCUCAGGACUGGAAGAGUACGGAUGGGGCUAUGGCAAGGACCUGGAACGAGGUGACAAUGAACGCAUCUUCCAACACCUGCUUGACGCCGGGGCUUUCAAGGAAAGGAGCAAGGUGAACAAGGUUGGCUUCGCGACCAACUACCUACACCCUGCUUCGACCCGCAAUGACUAUGAAAGCAAACGAAAGCAACUGAAGUUACAAGUGCGUGCUUCACCACAAAAGGCACGUGCGAAAGCGCCGGCAGCCAAGAAAACAAAGAAGCAGCAAACUCAGUUUCCGUCAACUAAUGUCCCCUCUCCUGUACGCGCGCCUAAGCAAAAGAUUCGGUCCUUCGCUUAUAACGGGGAGGACGAUGACGACGAUGACGAUGACGACUUUGAUGUUCCUCGGCAUCCUACGCGCAACAAGACCGCGCGUGGUUACCAGGCUGAUGAUUUCGUUGUUGAUGAUGACUUUGCGCCAAUACGUGUUGCCAAACCAUCGAGGGCCGCGAAAGCAAAAAGUGUCGGAGCUCCUAUUACUGCAGAUCAACGAACUGCAGAACUCACCGACCUGCAAAGGGAAGUCUUGGAUGAUUUCAUGAAUGGAGCCAAGACGAUGAGAAAGACCAUACAAGAGAGGAAAGGGCACCGUGAAGCGAUCUUUACAGACACUGUACUUCGUGAGAUGGGGCUUGACUUGCCCAUGAGUCUUGAUGAGAUGAAGACUAUCCCUGGUAUCAGGCCCGAAAUGGUGAAUCUCUAUGGCAAGCAGUUCUUGACCUUGAUCAACAACAGCAGGGAAUUCUACGGAGACGACAUACCAGUGCCUAGAAACCCACAACUUCGCAACCGUCGACCUCAACAAUCACGGAUCAUCCACGAGAUUGAUGAUGACGACGAAGAGGUUGACGAUCAGAACCAUCGGCUCGUUGUGGACUUGUGUAGCGAAGACGACGACGAAGACGAAGAAGCGGUACCUCUUGCGGAACAAUCUGAGGAGGAGUCCUACUAUGGCGAUUUCGGCGAGGAGGAUGACGAUGAUGACGAUGCGGUGCACACAAGUCAUCACUUCAGUCAAUUUCCGAACCCAGAUGUCGCAGAGUUCAACAAUCGAUAUACACAGCUUGGUGGUGGCGCCGCUCCGUCUACCAAAGUGGCAAAGGCACCAGCAGCGAGAGGUGGGAAAGCCUCUGGAUCUGGGUAUAAGAAGAAGGGCUCGUUCCGCAAAAGCUUUGGUGGCGUGAAGAAGCGAGCGUCAAAGGGUGGUAGCAGUAGGGCAUCAGGAGGCGCAACAACGGCCAGCAAGCCUUCUAGUCGUGGUAGAAGGGGAGAGUCAGGAACCGCUGCUGCAUGGAAUGGGGUCAUGGCAAUGCCCACUUGA